CCCUAAUUUAUAACCUAAACAAAGCACCGUGCGACACCGUUUCACUUUUCCUCUCUUCUUCUUGUUUCAGUACUCGGUCGCCGUCCCCCAAAUCUUCAUUUUUUAUUUACGGGAAGAUCGAUCCAUCGAUCGGAACAAACGACUUCACUUCUGCAAAAAUGGCCUCAUCCUUGGCGGCUCGUCAAGCUGCAGCUUUUCUCCGACUUUCUUCUCCUAGAUCAGCUUCUCAAGCCGCUUCCCUUAUACAGCGCCGUGGCCUCGCUGGCGCCGCCGAUCCUCAUGGAACACCGAAGGUUGACUUCUGGAAAGAUCCAAUGAGUCCGUCUAAGUGGAAGGAAGAGCAUUUUGUUAUUGUCUCUUUAACGGGUUGGGGAGUAUUUAUUUAUGGUGGAUACAAGCUCUUCUCUGGAGGAAAGAAGGAAGAGAAACCAGUGGCAGCAUGAAGAGAUUGAAAUUUGUAUUUGAAGCAUUUUGAAUAUUGUAAGCUGUUUGUUUUCACCUUAAAAGAGAGUGAUAGUUUUGAUGAUUACAUGUAUUGGCAGAUAAUCCUGCUUUUUUGUUGGACAAAAAUUGCAUCAUAUUUUUCAAUAAUCACUUGCUUUCUGAGCUCCAAAAAUA